AUGGGAUCUUUUGAGACCCUGAGUGAAAACUCUCAACACAGAGCUUCAGCCUCAAGGACUGACGUCCCCACGCUUGGGCAACCGAAAAAGGGUGGACUCUAUAAGAUCAACCAGAGUGCUGGCAUAAAGGCACAGGAAAAUACUGAGAAGCAGAAUGAGCGACCAGUUGGGGAGGGACCUCAACCGGAUAAGUAUACACCCCGAGUCCCUUUUCUUGAUGCUCUCAAAACUCCAUCCUCUCCCCCAUAUGGGAAGCAAGGAGAUAAGAUGAAUGAGAUGUUGGAUUUGUUUCAACAAGUCCACAUCAACCUUCCAUUAUUGGAUGUAAUCAAGCAGGUUCCAGCUUACGCUAAGUUUCUAAAAGACCUAUGCACUCAGAAGCGUAAGCUGAGGAACCAAACUCCCAAAACCAUACACCUCACAGAACAGGAUCUUGGUACACCACUCAUCUCUUGUGUCAUUGGAGACCUCUCCAUUGACAAAGCAUUGAUGGAUCUGGGGGCUAGUGUGAAUAUCUUACCUGGUUCGAUUUUUGAGAGACCUCGUGGACUUCUAGAGGAUGUUCUUGUGAAGGUAGAUGAUUUAUACUUUCUAGUGGACUUCCUAGUCCUUGAUAUGGAAUCUACCUCAGCCAAGCUUCCCCCUAUCAUACUAGGGCGCCCAUUCUUGGCGACCGCCAAUGCUUGCAUUAACUGCAGGUCAGGUGCCAUGGACAUAUCGUUUGGGAACAAGAAGCUUCGGCUAAACAUCUUCAAUGCAUCCCUAGGACCCUACAGAGAAGACGAGUACUUUGCUCUAGAUAUGAUUGAUGAAGCUGUAUCUCAGUACACUUCCCAAAUCCUUACAAAUGAUCCUCUGCAACUUGUGAUGUCCUAUGGAGCAUAA